AUGGUGGCCUGUAAGUAUAGUCAUGACUGCACAGAACCGAACGUGGAUGCCGUAUACUAUAAGUAUCCAAGCGUCCUGUCUUUGUCUCUGGUCCAGCGCAUGCUGGUAAAAUCUUCCUGUUACGAUUUUGUACUGCCACUGCCGUUUAUUUCAAAGGCGAGAGAGUUUCGAAAGCCAAGCCAAGAAGGAAGCUGGCUAUCGAUGGUGGUACCAGAAAGCAGAAAGCCCUUGCACCGAGCUCGGCCGCCGAUGUCGCUGCGGGAGCUGAGUCCAGCCCCAGCCGCCUACCGCCGGGCAUCCAGUGGCACACUACCUGGAGUGGUGCUGCAAAGCGUGUCUUUGGUGGGUGCUUUCGAGUAUACGCGAAAGUGA